CAAAAGAGAAGCACCGGAGGAAGAGCUAAUAUCUAGGCUGGUAUGCAGGAAAUUGACCGGUUUGAGUGCCACUUACAGAUUGAGACAAAACUUCCCAAAACAAAACAAUGCUUUUUUUUUGAAAAUGCAAAACUGUUGGUUCUAAAAAAGCAAAAAAGGGAUAAUGUCAUUCUUCUUCCUCCUCCUCUUCCUUCUGUAUCAUUCCUGCUCCCACCACCACCACCACCACUUUCUUCCAGUGGGCCCCGCCGUGACACCAUCAUCUUUAAUAGAACCUCCACUGCCAACAUGUCUCCUCAGAUGCCAUAGCAGGUUGAUGAGGAUGAAAAUUAUAGGAGACGGAAAAAGUGCGAUGAAGAGUUGGAAUGGCCACACAAUUCAACUCAUGUCAAACCGCAGUUAGCUCAAUGUUUUAUCAUUGUAGUUAAUGCUAUGGUUGGACCACGAUCAUGGACAGGACUAUUUACCCGCUCAAGUAACAAACGUAAUGAGAAGCCAGAUGACUACUCUUUGAGUCCUCUUCAGGAACAGAGACUUUUGAGGCUUCAAGCACGACUACAAGUACCUUUUGACGAGAAUCGCCCUGAUCAUCAAGAAGCCUUGAAAGCAUUGUGGCAUGCUGCCUUUCCAGAUGUUGCUCUGCGAGGUCUGAUCUCCGAGCAAUGGAAAGAGAUGGGUUGGCAAGGUUCUAACCCCUCUACUGACUUCAGUUUAUUCUCUUAUAGUGAAAUGCUCUCUUCAGGGGCUGCGGUUUUAUCUCCCUCGAGAACUUGCUUUUUUUCGCCAGGAUUUAUCCAGUUAUUGUUCAAGCGAGACGGGAAUCGAGCAACUUGGGAAUACCCAUUUGCAGUUGCUGGCAUAAAUAUAUCAUUUAUGUUGAUCAAAAUGCUGGAUCUUUGCUCAGAAAAACCAAGGUGUCUUCCAGGAAUAAAUUUCGUGAAACUAUUAGGAGAAGAUGAAGCCGCCUUUGAUGUACUGUACUGUAUAGCUUUCGAAAUGGUUGAUGCUCAGUGGCUCGCAAUGCAUGCGUCCUACAUGCAGUUUAAUGAGGUUCUACAAGCAACAAGGACACAGUUGGAAAGAGAGUUGUCUUUAGAAGAUACUCAGAGAAUACAUGAUUUACCAGCUUAUAAUCUAUUGUACCAGUAGCUAGCUGUAUAGGUAGUACAAAAUCCCUUUGAAAAAUCACCCGAACUCCCAAAAAUUUCUGAUGAAUUAAAACGUUUGCGUUAUAUAUAAUUGAUGUCCAUAAAACAGGGUAAGAUCUUUCUUAUGGUUUCAUCUGCAGAUGAAAAGAACAGGUAAUCUUAAAGGCAUUAGGUGUGAUUGAUACAAUUGAAAACAACCUCAUGCUUGUACGGCAAUGCUUUUGAAUGGUUGCUAGACAGAAAUGAAUAAUGAUGAUGUAACCAAGAUUGCAACAAUUUGAGUACCUACAAUUA